AUGGAUCAGGGAUCACCUGGCUCUCUCCCUGCUGGCUCAACUCCUAUCCCAGGAGGAUCAGGGUCACUCUCUGGUGGUUCACUGUCAGGGUCAACUGGCUCCCUCCCUUCUGGCUCUGCUUCUGUCCCAGGAGUACCAGGGUCAUCCUCAGGUGGUUCCCUGUCAGGGGCCACAGGCUCCCUCGCUUCAGGCUCCACCUUUUCCCCAGAUGGAUCAGGGUCACUUGGAAGUGGAUCCCUUGCUUCUGGCUCCACUUCUGUCCCAGGAGGAUCAGGGUCAUUCCUAGAUGGUUUCCUGUCAGGAGGGACAGGAUCUCUCCCUUCUGGCUCCAUCUUUUCCCCAGGGGGAUCAGAAUCACUUGGAGGUGGAUCUCUCUCUUCUGGCUCCACUUCUUUCCCAGAAGGAUCAGUGUCACUCCCAGGUGGUUUUCUGUCAGGAUCACCUGGCUCUCUCCCUGCUGGCUCAACUUCUAUCCCAGGAGGAUCAGGGUCACUCCCUGGUGGUUCACUGUCAGGGUCAACUGGCUCCCUCCCUUCUGGCUCUGCUUCUGUCCCAGGAGUACCAGGGUCAUCCUCAGGUGGUUCCCUGUCAGGGGCCACAGGCUCCCUCCCUUCAGGCUCCACCUUUUCCCCAGAUGGAUCAGGGUCACUUGGAAGUGGAUCCCUUGCUUCUGGCUCCACUUCUGUCCCAGGAGGAUCAGGGUCAUUCCUAGAUGGUUUCCUGUCAGGAGGGACAGGAUCUCUCCCUUCUGGCUCCAUCUUUUCCCCAGGGGGAUCAGAAUCACUUGGAGGUGGAUCUCUCUCUUCUGGCUCCACUUCUUUCCCAGAAGGAUCAGUGUCACUCCCAGGUGGUUUUCUGUCAGGAUCACCUGGCUCUCUCCCUGCUGGCUCAACUUCUAUCCCAGGAGGAUCAGGGUCACUCCCUGGUGGUUCACUGUCAGGGUCAACUGGCUCCCUCCCUUCUGGCUCUGCUUCUGUCCCAGGAGUACCAGGGUCAUCCUCAGGUGGUUCCCUGUCAGGGGCCACAGGCUCCCUCCCUUCAGGCUCCACCUUUUCCCCAGAUGGAUCAGGGUCACUUGGAAGUGAAUCCCUUGCUUCUGGCUCCACUUCUGUCCCAGGAGGAUCAGGGUCAUUCCUAGAUGGUUUCCUGGUCACUCCCAGGUGA